UGGUAUUUGUAUUAUUGAAUUCAACUGAUUCAAGAGUAAAGUUGUGAUUGAUUCUAUCAAUUAAAUAUAUUUCAUUUUCAUUACGAAUUACGAAAGACGAUAAUAUCUAAUGUCAGUUUACAUUAUGAUCUACAUAGUACAUUAAUACCAUUCAAGACACAAAACGUACGUGUCGUAAGUGCUUUCGUGAUAAAUACUAUAUUUUUUUUUGGUAAAGAUUGAGUCUUAAACAAAAUAAAUAUGAUGAAUAAUAAAAAACCUCCUAUACCACAAUGUCCUAUAGUACCAGUUGAAGAAGAGAUCGAAGAAGAUUUAAAAACAAUAGAUGAAACAGAGGCUCCACUGUUGACUGAUGAUGCUAAGGUGUUAUUAGAAUCUAUUGGGACUGAAGUUAUUAAAAAUGAUACACAAGAAACAGCUCAAAAGCUCGUCGAUAAUGUGGAUGAAUUAGAACAAACAAUAACGGCAUUAGAUAAGAAGUAUAAUGCUUUGAUGAGCUGUGAAAAAGAAUUGGAAGAGAUUGAGGAAGAAAUUGAUAAACAGAUUAAAGAAAUGACCAAUUACAUAUCUGAAAUUCAAUCAAAUUCUACUCCUGCAGUAAAGUAAACACAUUUAAUUAUAAUUUAUUAAAUGGACCAAUAAUUGCUUCUAUUUUUUUUAUUUGUACAAUUUUAAAAUUAUUACUUACAAAAUUUUAUAAUAAAAAUGAGAUCUU